CUGAUGUGUUUUCAGUUGCAGAAAGGGAACUGUUGAUUUGACCGAGUGUGGGUAUCCCUCUACGUCUGUGAUGGACACCCAUGCCACUCACACUCCAGUGCCUCACAGACUGACCCAGGUGAGACAGAGUGUGUGUGUGCCACAGAACCUGCUGUUCAUCCUGGUGAGCGUGGCGUUGUUCGGCAUCGUGAUAGAGGCCUGUUUCAUCUACCGACUCUACAAACCUGAAUCUGUCAGCGGGUCAGCAACAUUCUCUAAGAUCAUUGCAGAACGAGAUGUUAUCUCCACCAAAUCCAACGAUCCUUUCAUCCCUACCAAACCAGUUGCACAUCUGACAGACGGACAAGAUGCAGUUUCUACUCAAGAGAUACUGGCAUGGAGCACAGUUGCAGACCCUCUUCUCUAUCAAAUGGACUACAAAGACAGAAGUCUGGUCAUUCAGAAGGCGGGGUAUUACUAUAUCUACUCCAAGCUUUUCUUCUCAGACAACGGCACAUUUCACCAUCUUGUUAAUCAGAAGAGUGAAAAGUUUGCAGGGAAAAGUCUCAAUCUCCUGCAGUCCAGGAAAUAUUCAGAGUCUCUCAAGUUUUCCAUAAAGUCCAACAGUUACCUGGGAGGAGUGUUCUACCUGGACAAGGGUGAUGCCAUUUUUGUAGAAGUGAGUAACACCACAAAAAUAAUGCGUAACAAACCCACUGAGAAUGUCUUUGGUGCUUUUAUGAUAUGAACAUCAUAUUAAGAUUUCACCAGGUAUGGAGUAAGAGCAUCUUUUCUCAUUUCUUUGUAAUGAAAACACAGAUUUGCAUCCAGAAAGUAGACCAGGACUGAAUCUGACAGUUUCUAAACAGUUUGAGAGUUUAACUAAAUUCAUUUUCACAUCAGAGACUUUUUCUGUGCUCCUUUAUUUACUUAUUUUACACUUAAGCUUCUGUAGGUAACAACAUGACACAUCAUGGAGGGAUAAUUUGAAGACACACUGCUUAGUUAGAUCUUCAUAUUUGUGCUGAGUUUAAUCAUAUGCAUGAUGAUAACAUUUAAAAAGACGAGCUGUAUUCUUACACAUUUCUUCGUAUUCUUUCUGUAACACAUACUGAAAACUAUUCAUGUCUGAAUUAUACUAUUGCUUUAAUUCUGCUGUCUAUGUGCAAUAAUAC